UGUUACCUCCCUCGGUAGUGAUGUCACCGGCUCAGUGGAGCUCGAGCAUCCUUACCAAAGACAGGGAGACAACAGAGCCAUUUUGACCGCUUUGGAGUGUGGAGAAGCAGCCGACUAUCCAAACAACCUUCUUUCCUUCCUGGGUCCCCACUGGCAAGGCAAGGCAAGGCAGGGCAGAGGGGGGGUGGGUUGCAGGGUACGGCAAGACUCCGUCGGCGGUAACCUCAGCCCUUCCCGUUUUCAUGGCGAGGGGAGGCUGCUAGCAGGGGCAGUGCCAGACCCGGAGGAGACCUACGGAGGUGGAAGUAGCUACGGGCUGGAUAAUAAAGCAGACGAGCACGACAAACAAGGUCUGUACACGGGAGCAAGACGUUAUUGGCACUGCGGAGACCUGCAGGCCCUACACCUGGGCACUAAAGAAGGCACCCCAAGGUGCUAGGAAGAAAGCACCAUGGCAGGGGCCUCUGUGAAGGUGGCGGUGCGUGUCCGCCCCUUCAAUUCAAGGGAGAUGGGAAAAGAAAGCAAAUGCAUCAUCCAGAUGUCUGGAAACACCACCACCAUCAUCAAUCCCAAACAGGCCAAAGACAACAAGAGCUUCAACUUUGAUUACUCCUACUGGUCCCACACCUCGCCCGAGGACGUCAAUUAUGCCUCUCAGAUGCAAGUAUACAAAGACAUCGGAGAGGAAAUGUUGCUGCACGCCUUCGAGGGCUACAACGUCUGCAUCUUUGCUUAUGGCCAGACAGGCGCUGGCAAGUCCUACACCAUGAUGGGGAAACAGGAUGUCAAGGAUCAACAAGGAAUCAUUCCCCUGCUGUGUGAAGAUCUUUUCACUAAGAUCAGUGACAAUACAGACAACAGCAUGUCUUAUUCUGUGGAGGUAAGCUACAUGGAAAUCUACUGUGAACGUGUGCGGGACUUACUGAACCCCAAAAAUAAAGGCAACCUGCGCGUUCGAGAACAUCCUCUGAUGGGACCUUAUGUGGAGGACCUGUCUAAGCUGGCUGUCACCUCCUACAAUGACAUCCAGGACCUGAUGGACUCUGGCAACAAGGCCAGGACUGUGGCUGCCACCAACAUGAAUGAGACAAGCAGUCGCUCGCAUGCUGUCUUUAACAUCAUAUUCACUCAGAAACGCCAUGAUGCUGAGACUGAUAACACCUCUGAGAAGGUCAGCAAAAUAAGUUUGGUGGAUUUGGCUGGCAGUGAGAGGGCAGAUUCUACUGGAGCCAAAGGGACCAGGCUUAAGGAAGGAGCAAAUAUCAACAAAUCUCUAACUACACUGGGGAAAGUCAUCUCUGCUUUGGCAGAAGUGGACUCUGGGUCGAAUAAGAAUAAAAAGAAGAAGAAAGUGGAAAGCCACAUCCCAUACAGAGAUUCAGUUUUGACCUGGCUACUGAGAGAAAAUUUGGGUGGGAAUUCUCGUACUGCGAUGGUAGCUGCCCUGAGUCCAGCUGAUAUCAACUACGAUGAGACCCUCAGCACACUCAGGUACGCAGACCGUGCCAAACAGAUUCGCUGUAACGCUGUGAUCAAUGAGGAUCCCAACAACCGAUUGGUUCGCGAGCUGAAGGAGGAGGUGUCUCGUCUGAAAGAUCUCCUCUACGCCCAGGGGCUGGGUGACAUCAUUGAGACAUAUCGAGCGCCUGGUGCUGAUAUAGAGGGUUUGAAAUACCUAUCCGAUUACAAGAACAAUAACAAAAAAGGCCAAGCUGUGAAUCAAAGGGAUGAUCUCUCCACAGUGACCAAUGCCAUGACAGGGAUGAGUCCCUCUCCGUCUCUCUCAGCCUUGUCCAGCCGUGCCGGAUCCAUUGCCAGUCUGCAUGACCGCAUCAUGUUCAGCCCAGGCAGUGAAGAGGCCAUCGAGAGGCUGAAGGAAACAGAGAAAAUCAUUGCUGAACUCAACGAGACUUGGGAAGAGAAACUUCGCAGAACGGAAGCCAUUAGAAUGGAAAGAGAGGCCUUGCUGGCAGAAAUGGGUGUAGCAAUGCGAGAAGAUGGUGGGACGGUUGGUGUGUUCUCUCCUAAGAAGACACCUCAUCUGGUGAACCUCAAUGAGGAUCCUCUGAUGUCUGAGUGCCUGCUGUACUACAUUAAAGACGGGAUUACCAGGGUCGGUCGUGUCGACGCCAGCAGUCGUCAGGAUAUAGUCCUCAGCGGCCAUUUCAUCAAGGAUGAGCACUGCACCUUUACCAGUUCUACAGGUCCAAUAGGAGAAACAGCAGUUGUCCUAGAGCCCUGUGAAGGAGCUGAGACUUAUGUCAACGGAAAGAGAGUGACAGAGCCCACUGUCCUCAAAUCAGGAAAUCGCAUCAUCCUGGGGAAGAGCCAUGUGUUCCGGUUCAACCACCCUGUGCAGGCCAGGGCUGAGAGGGAGAGGACCCCAUGUGCUGAAACCCCUGCUGAGCCUGUGGACUGGGCCUUCGCCCAGAGGGAGCUGCUGGACAAACAGGGCAUUGACAUGAAACAGGAAAUGGAGCAGAGGCUGCAGGAGUUGGAGGACCAGUACCGCAAAGAAAGAGAGGAGGCCAACAACCUUCUGGAGCAGCAAAGACUGGAUUAUGAGAGCAAGCUGGAGGCUCUUCAGAAGCAAGUGGACCGUUACUACCCAGAAGCCCUUGAAGAAGAGGAAGAGCCAGAAGAGGAAGUGCAAUGGACAGAGAGGGAAAGAGAGCUGGCUGUGUGGAGCUUUCGUAAGUGGCGGUGCUACCAGUUCACCUCUCUCCGUGACCUGUUAUGGGGAAAUGCCAUCUUCCUUAAGGAGGCCAAUGCCAUCAGUGUGGAACUCAAGAAAAAGGUCCAGUUCCAGUUUGUGCUGCUCACAGACACUCUCUACUCCCCCCUGCCUCCAGACCUGUUGCCCCCAGAGGCGACUAAGGACAGAGAGAUACGACACUUCCCACGCACCAUUGUGGCCGUGGAGGUGCAGGAUCAGAAAAAUGGAGCCACUCACUACUGGACAUUAGAAAAACUAAGGCAGAGGCUCAAUCUCAUGAGAGAGAUGUAUGAUCGUGCCGCUGAUGUGCCCAACACUACCACUGAAGACUGUGAAAAUGUGAUGACUGGAGGGGACCCCUUUUAUGACCGCUUCCCCUGGUUCCGUCUGGUUGGCAGAAACCCCAUUUUCAACACAUGCAUGAGCGAACGCAUGAGUGACCCUACCCCAUCCCCAACCCUCUCCAACUCUGAAAUUACUGAGCUGGCUGACCCGCAGCGGGAGGGUCGAGGGGAGGAGGAGGAGGAGUUGGAGGAGUUGGAGGACCUGGACGAUGAUAUCUUUUUGGAAGACCCGUGCUUGGAGCUCGGGGGAGAGGAGGAGGAUGAUGAUGAGGAUGAUGAUGAUGAUGAUGAGGAUGAUGAUGAUGAGGGAGAGCUCUGCCGAGGCUCCAGCGAAGGCCAGGAUCCCUUUUACGACCGCUCACCAUUAUUCAGUGUAGUGGGAAGGGCUUUUGUUUAUCUGAGUAACCUGCUUUACCCAGUUCCACUCGUCCACCGCGUCGCCAUCGUUAGCGAGAAGGGAGAAGUGAAGGGCUUCCUCCGAGUGGCGGUGCAGGCCAUAUCAGGUGCUUUGUGUUUCCCUCCAGCUGAUGAGGAAGCUCCAGACUACGGCUCAGGAGUGAGGCAGUCAGGCACUGCCAAAAUCUCAUUUGAGGAUCAGCAAUAUGAAAAGUUCCAGUCCGAGUCCAGCUCUGUAGGACUAUCCCGUACAGGGAUUUCCCAGGAGGAGCUUCGUAUUGUGGAGGGGGAGGGGCAGAAUGCAGAAAUGGGACCCUCAGCUGAUGAGGUCAACAACAACACAUGUGCGGCUGGUGCAGAUGAGCUGGAGAAUCCUCUGAAGGCCAGUGUGGACGGCCCGCUUGACACAACUCUGGAGCACCUGAGGAUUGGUAAUGUUUUUACCUUCAGGGUGACUGUCCUGCAAGCCUCCAGCAUCUCUGCAGAAUAUGCUGACAUCUUCUGCCAGUUCAAUUUCAUCCACCGCCAUGAUGAGGCCUUCUCCACUGAACCCCUAAAAAACACCGGCCGCGGCCCCCCUCUUGGCUUCUACCAUGUGCAGAAUAUUGCUGUUGAAGUUACUAAAUCCUUUGUUGACUACAUCAAGACUCAGCCAAUUGUGUUUGAGGUGUUUGGACACUACCAGAAACAGCCUUUUCUUCCACUCUGUAAAGACGUCAUCAGUCCACUACGUCCCUGUAGAAGACAGUUCCCACGAGUGAUGCCUUUGUCCAAACCAGUACCUGCCACCAAGCUGACAGCUAUGACCCGCCCGCAGGCAGGACCCUGCCACUGCAAAUAUGAUCUCAUGGUAUUCUUUGAGAUCUGCGAGCUGGAGGCCAAUGGAGACUACAUCCCUGCAGUGGUGGACCACAGAGGAGGAAUGCCUUGCCAUGGCACAUUCCUACUGCACCAGGGCCUCCAGAGGAGAAUCACUGUCACCAUUGUACAUGAGUCAGGAGGCGACAUGGAAUGGAAGGAAAUCCGUGAGCUUGUUGUGGGACGUCUCCGCAGCACCCCUGAAGCUGAUGAGACCAUCAUUGACCCCAAUAUUCUCUCUCUCAACAUCUUGUCCGCUGGGUAUGUCAGGCCCACACAAGAUGACCGACAGUUUCUUGAUUCGGACAUGCCUAGCAUUUCCUUGGGACUUGACCAUAGGACUUUCUACCGCUUCGAGACCGCUUGGGAUAGCUCCAUGCACAACUCCCUGCUACUAAACCGAGUCACUCCAUAUGGGGAGAAGAUCUACAUGACCCUCUCAGCCUACUUGGAGAUGGAGAACUGCACCCAGCCCGCAGUCAUAACCAAAGAUAUCUGCAUGGUGUUUUACUCUCGAGACACAAAGCUCUCAGCCUCCCGCUCUAUCCGAAACCUUUUUGGUACUGGAAGCCUGAGAGCAGCAGAUGGAAACCGUGUAACUGGAGUGUAUGAGGUCAGCCUAUGUAACCUGGCAGAUGCAGGAAGCCCAGGUAUGCAGAGGAGACGCAGGCGGGUGCUGGACACCUCAGUGGCCUACGUCCGCGGGGAGGAGAACCUGGCCGGGUGGAGGCCCCGCAGUGACAGCCUCAUUCUGGACCACCAGUGGGAGCUGGAGAAACUCAGCCUCCUUCAAGAUGUGGAGAAGACCAAACAUUACCUCCUGCUGAGGGAGAAACUGGAGUCUACCCUGCUCAUGGGCCAGGAGUCCCUGCUGUCCUGUGUCACUGAGGAGCUGAGUGAGUCUCCUCAGCCGCACGAGGUCGACCAGGAAGUCAGCUCCACCUCUGAAAUCACCACUGAGAGGCAGAGGGAGCUUGCGACCAAGUGUUUGCGGCUGCUCACUCACUCCUUCAACCGAGAAUACAGCCAUGUGUGUGUCAGCGCCAGUGAAAGCAAGAUCUCAGAGAUGUCUGUCACAACACUAAGAGACUCCACUUCGAUCUCUGCUCUCAACACAAUCACACCCUCCUCAACAUGCCCUUCGCUGAUUGAGGGUUACUAUGGCAACGCUGAACUCAGACCCCCCACGCCUCGCUCUCGUGCCGUCAGCCCCGGUCCUGACACGCAGCCAGACGCAGAGGCCAAGAAGUCCGUCAAUGGAGCCUCUGAAACCAAACCUCGGGCCCGCAGAUUUGUCCCUGAUAUCCAGGAGAUUAGAGUCAGCCCCAUUGUGUCAAAGAAGGGUUACUUACAUUUCUUGGAGCCACACACCAACGGAUGGGUGAAGCGCUAUGUUGUUGUGCGGCGGCCGUACGUCUACAUCUACAACACAGAGAGAGACACUGUGGAGCGGGCUAUCCUUAACCUCUCCUCUGCCCAGGUGGAGUACAGUGAGGACCAGCAGGCCAUGCUGAAGACCCCAAACACAUUUGCCGUGUGUACAGAACAUCGUGGAAUAUUGCUUCAAGCCACUAAUGACAAAGAGAUGCACGACUGGCUGUAUGCGUUUAAUCCUCUCCUUGCUGGAACUAUCAGGUCAAAGCUGUCAAGAAGACGAGCCGGACAGAUGAGGAUGUGAAACAAGACUCUGAACAAAUGUCAUGAGAGAAGGAUGAAUACAAAGACUAAGAUGUACAUAGAUACUUGUCCUUAUCUCUCCCCUUGUGCUGAGCCCCUCCCCCCACCACAGUCACCAACAAUCAUCUUUCCCCUGUACAUUCGCAGUUUAUCACUAGUGUCCUCAGCACCUAAAGCACCCAUUUCGUGUCAGGCCUUUGCUGCGGUGUGAGUCUCGUAGUCAGAAGAACCUCUUCAAAAAGCUGUCACUGUCUUGUACUGGAGUUUAUUCAUAGCUGGACGAAUGAAGAGAAUGGAGGAAGUAGCAACAGUUUCUUAUCUCAGAUUACAUACGUAUGGUAAUGUACUGUAGUUGUUGUCAGUGACACAUCAAGCCUUAUACAUUUAUUCCUUAAAAAAAAAUGCAGUGACAUUUAUUUUUACUUAAAGCUGCCAUGUCAGUGAGGAUCAUAUUUGCAUCAGUAAAUAGACAAACAUGCAGAUGCUUCUCUACUCUACUCUACAGCUAUAUAUACAGUGUCUAAACUGGUUUGCAUACGAUGUACAGCUAGAAAAUACAUGCUAAAAUUAAAAAAAAAUGACAGUUGAGUGUAACUCUUUAGAGUAAUUCUCUUUUCUCUCUGGUCCAUGAAUCCUGACAUUGAGUAAUCUGCUUCCUAUUCCUAAAACUUCAUAGAAACUUUAGCACACACAUCCUGACAAGGGAAUCAUCAUAGACUUCAUGUUCUUGUGGCAUUUUGAUCAAUCCAUGUCGUUUUAGCUACUUGUAGGAGCACCGAGCGUAUCUACAUCCACACAAUACGUAAUCAAAUAUCAUCCCAUUAAUCCUCUCAAUUUAAUCCCAUUCUCUACCUGAAUUUUCUUCUUUUAAAAUGUGAUAUAUUUAGAUAUUUAACAGCUUUAUUAUUUAUUUCUGCAUGUAUUUAUUUACAAAGACAUUUAUAUUUCUAAAGUAGUAGUACCGUGCAAUUUCUGCACACUGCACUUUUUAAUAUGAGUUCCUUAAAUGUUUGGAAAAUACAACCUUGUCCCCUUGUAGUUAAUGCUAUUUAAACAAUUUAAUAACUUUAUGAUUGGCCACUUUCUUUGUGCUGAAGAUUACUUGAAUAAUACUAUCCCCUUUAAGAUUAGGAUAGUCACACCUGACCUUUGGCCCAACUAACAUACAUCUGAAAAGAUCAGUAUAUUGUUAGGUAGAGAAUAUUAAGGUGGUCUGUCCAUCCUCAUCUGCACAAAGCUACCUUGUUAAAUGAUCAAAAGUAUACACUGUUCCUCUCAGUACAGAAUAAGAAACUGGUUUUCUGAAUGAAAUGUAUAUUGAUUAAAUGUAGUGCCUCUUUUCAAUCAUACUGUACAGUAUGCCACUGCACCAGUUGCUUUGAAACUACAUCCUUCAUGCUGCUAUAAAUCUGUUCUGGAAGUGUCUGCAGAUCAUAUUACAUCCCUUUCCUGCUUUGUAUCGUCAUCAUCACUUACAUAUUCAGACAAAAAGGUAUCAUUUAUGUUAAUGUUACAUAUCGAAUGUGGCAAUCAGCUGUCAUAUAGUAUGGAUAACACAGAGUAUACUUCAUGUUCAUACAUUAAAAAAAACCUACUUUAAUAUAUUUCAGGAUUGUCAGAAGCAUUCGGUUAUAUUUAUUAAACAAUCUUACUUUGUAUGGAAAAAAUCUAUGCUGUUGACAAUGUCAAAGUGCUGUUCUUUUUUUCAAUCCCUUCAUCUGAUCUUUUCUAUUGCAUUUCAUUCAAAUUUACUAUGAAUUUGAAACUGAACCUGUUCAAAUACUAGUGACAGAUACAGCUUGUGAGAUGUUGAAGUUUGAUUGGUGAGCGUGCCUCAGGUCAGCCAGCCUGAGGAGCAUGCGCAAUGACAGUAGUGACAUUUCCUACACUGAGACAACAUCUCAAAGCAUUAAACUGUCACAGAAAAGCGUAAGAAUAUUAUUAUUUUUCUCUAAUCUAAUGGCAUAGUACGUUUUAACAGGGGAUUAAAUCAUAACAAAGACUCAGUAUUUUUGCUGUUUAGGUAAUCCAUACAAUACAUUUCUCUACUAAUACAUAUUUCCUGAGAUUGAAAAGUAUUCUGUGUGUUGUGGACAUAUUUUGAAGUGAUCCAAUCCAAACAUUUUACAGCCCUACAUGUGUGUACAACUGUCAGUAGUUGUGGUUAAUCAAACAGUCAAAUGUCUAUUAAUAUCUUUUGUUUGUUGUGUAACAAGUUGGAUGAUCAAUGUUAUGAUCAAAAUCUAUCACAGACUUUCUUGCCAGAGACUGCAGUUGUAGUUGAUCCAGCUAUAGUAUCGUCAUUAAGGUAAUAUCCUGCUGUACUGUACAUUACACUAUAUCAAGCACUCAUUUCCAUUAAACCCCAGUCUUAAAACGUGAGCCCGGUAUUGCUCCAGUGUGAUCUCUAUGUUGAGAUUACGCCUCUUGUUUCCAUUGGGCCUUUAAAUGUGUGUCACAUGUGAGCCAACCAAAGUUGUGUUGGUGCUGUCACAAAGAAAUUCACACUGAAUGUACAUUGAUAUUUGAAAAUACUUAUUCUGCAGGAGUGGUUGUGUUGACUUGUCCUCUUGUUUCACAGUCUGGUUCCUUAUUGAUUUUACCAUAAGGGAACCAAAAAGAGGUUGUGGGAUAUAGCUGUAAUAAUCUGUCCUCUGACGUGUGGGGGGAAGGUUGGUUCAUUAUGGCCAUGUUAGGCAUUGCGUCUUGUACAGAGUAAUGCUGUAGGUCACCUUACUGUCCCACUUUCACUCUUAUUUCAAUAUCUACCUUCACCAUCAUGCUCUGACAGUCUAUACAAAAUCUACUUUUUCUAAUCCCUCCCCUCCCCUUUGAAGGAAUAUCAGUUACAUUUUUGUGCUUCCACAUCUAAUCCUUUUUUCUUUUUUUUUUUUGCACUAUCUAAUUGCACCGGUAGGCUACUUCUCUUUUCUUUUUUUCUUCUUCAAAUUAUUUUGCUUUGUAUAUAAACAUGAUUGCUGUGAACAGUGUAUUAUAAAGUUGCACCCAUUUACAAAAUCUUAAAUGGGCAGUAGUUCAGUCAGUGUCUCUGAGUGUUGGAGUUUAGCGUCAAAUGUCUGUGUACACUAAACACAUUGUCAUAUAUUAAAUAAACAUGGAAAUUAUGCAACACAAA